UCAUAUUGCUAUCAAUACAGAAAUCUGCUCAAGCCAACGUCCAUGCACUAUAUAUAUAGCAGAACACUUGCUGUCCUUUUGUAUACUUCACUAAAGAAAGGCAAGUUCUGGUAUCUUGAGUAUUUGUAAGCUUGUGUCAUUUUCAUCAUCUAAACAGGUAAAUAGAAUAACCUUUCUUGUUUUCCAGGAUUAGCGCAACAGUGAGGCACAUUACCUAUGAAAUGGCUGAUUUCCAUUUGCGUGUGUGCAACUUGGCUGCAUAUUGCUUUUUUUUAUGCUGCUGCUGCUGCUUGCCCAAUAGUCUGCUUUGUGCCCCAACGGACCAACAAGAAAACCCUCCGAUUUCCAAGCAGCAUCCUUGUACCAUCCGAAAAACAUACUUUCUUCAGACUUUCAUGAAAAAAAAUAUUUUCACACUUGCAGAACAGGCACGCAUAAUGGACAAGGACACAGACAAUAAACUUUUUGGAAGCUAUCUCUUCUUUGGCAUUAAGGAGAAGGAUCACUGUUACUUAAUGAAAAAUGUGGUCAGUUCCAUUGUAGAGAAUGUUCUGCAUGACAAUUCCAAGAAAUAUCCCCAUAUUGAUAAUGCAAUUGUCUUUUUACUAAACAUACAGAAGGAUUUAGCAGGUUGUAAAUCUGAAGAAGAAGAUCAUAUUCGAAAAAAUGUUGAACAGAUGAUAAACAAAAUGAAAAUGAUGGGGCCCAAUGGAAAAAAUAAAGUAGUUGGUGAGCUGGACUUGCUGUUUGGCCAUCUAAGAAAAUGUACCUUACAAAGAAUGAAACCUCAUGUACAUAAAUAAACCGCACAAUGGAAAAGUGUAAUUGUGUAAGUUACUGAAGCUGGUUGUCAUUGCCAUCAACUGGUUACCUGCAACACCCACCAUCUAAUCUCUGUUUAAGUCACCAUUCAUA